CGGGGAGGUGAGGGAGGGCUCCAUGGAAAUUGAUUCUGACAACAAUCUUGAGAGAUUUAAAACCGGGAGUGGAGCUGAGGAAGCCGUGGAAAUUCAUGACUUUCAAAUUGUGAGGAGUGACUGGAAUCCGCUUCUUUGGAGGAGACAAGUGCUAUAUAAAAUCCCAAAUCAAAGCCAAACUUCCUCCCAUGGGAGCUCACAACAAAGAGAUGGUGAUGUUUGACCUGACAGAUGAAUUAAUGCCAGUGAGGUUUGAUGAGGAGUUCCUUAUAUGGGUUGCAGCAGAGCAGCCGCUGAAGGACACCAGGUUUCUGAGCAAGAAAAUUCUGGAUCUUUGCGGGGAACUUCCCAUUUACUGGCUCAGACCGACAUAUCAUAAAGAUGGGGAGAGGAAAAAGAGAGACACGCAUCGAGCCAAACGGCAGUUUAACAUGGAGGAGGUUGAGGCAGCUGCCGAGGAGGGGGACCUGGUGAGUCACGCAGAGAAUGACAUCUCCAGAGUUGUGGAAGAAGAGGAGGAGGGGGCGCAGUCAGCUGUGGGGUCAGCAGACAACCCCGAAAACCCCUAUCAACGCAGCAGAGGGGCCGGAGAGGAAAGCGCCCUGACCUUUGACACCAUGUUAGACCACCAGGGGAUCUGCUGCUCCGAAUGCCAACGCAGCUACACUCACUGCCAGAAAGUGUGUGAGCCUCUGCGGGGCUACUGGCCUUGGCCUUACAACUACAGAGGGUGCCAGGUAGCUUGUCGAGUCAUCAUGCCUUGUCGCUGGUGGGUGGCACGCAUUUUUGGAGUUGUGUAAAAGAACACACAACAUAUGUGAGCAAAUGUGUGUGCGCAUGUGUGCUUUGCAGCUCAGCUUCUUUUUCAGAUCUGCACACAAAUAUCAGAUUUCUCUUUUUAUUAGCAUCUACCAGAAAGCUAUGCCUGCUAGCAUGAUAUGCCAAGUGUGAAAUGUAACCAUUUUUAUUGUAGCAUAUAGACCAUCACCAGCCACUUUAUUAGGUACACCUUACUAGUACAUGGUUGACCCUUCUUUUGCCCUCAAACGUGCCUUAAUUCUUCAUGGCAUAGAUUCAUAAAAUAUUUUUGGCCAUAUUGACAUGACAACAUCAUACAGUUGGUGCAGAUUUGUUGGCUGCACAUCCGUGAUCCCUUCUGUUAAACCACAUCCCAAAGGUGCUCUAUUGCAUUGAGAUUUGGUGACUGUGGAGAUCAUGUAAGUAAACGUAUUGUUCUGUUCAAAAAAAAAGAAAACAUAUCUUGAGAUGAUUUUAACCUUGCGACAUUGGGUGUUAUACUAUUGGAAGCAGCUAUCAGAAGAUAACGAAAGAUAAAGAUAAAGAGAUUGGCAUUUAAAGACCAGGUAGGCUCUGGUCUCUAAAAGAUCAGUUCAGCUCAGUUGAUACUAUAGGGCCCAAAGUGUGCGAAAAAAACAUCCCCCACACUAUUACAUCACCAGCAGCAACAGCCUGAACCAUUGAUUCAAGGCAAUAUAGAUCCAUGCUUUCAUGUGUGUUUACACCUGACCCUAUGAUCCGAAUGUAUCAGCAGAAACAGAGACUCAGGUUGUGCAUUUUCACCCAGAGAACUGACGCUCACUGGAUAUUUUCGCUUUUUUUAAAAAGAAAAACCUUCUCUGUAAACCCUAGAGAUGAUUGCGUAGGAAAUUCCCAGUAGAUCAACAGUUCCAGCCAACCUGUAACCAGCAAUCAUACCACAUUCAAAGUCACUGCUCAGUUUAAACUUCAUCAGGUCAUCUUGACCAUGUCUCCAAGCGUAAACACACUGAAUUGUUGCCAUACUAUUGGCUGAUUAGAAAUUUUCAUUAACACAAAGCAGCUGAAUGCGUGUACCUAAUAAAGUGGCCAAUGAUCAUAUACUAUACAUGACAAGUUUUUCAUCUUGAUAGGAAUGCUACAUUUUUUUUUAGAUACAAUUAUUCGGAAAUGCAUACAUGUAAUGUUCUUAUUUGCAGCUGCAGAUUCAGAAAUGAGUGCAUUCGUUUUUGUAUCGUGUCAUAGACAGGCUUAAUGCACUGUACUGUGUUUAAUGGAAGGCACUGGACUGAAUCCAAAGGCUCAGCAGAUCCAGUACCUUUUCUGACAGGCUUCAAUAAAUUCUAAUUACAGUAUAUGCUGGCUUUGAUGUAGAUGCUUUUUGUGUCACAUGUUGUUACCAUGGUUCCACUGCAUGUUUUUCUGAUAAAACUAAAGUGACAGCAAUGGUUGCCAUAACUUCCAUUCACAGCUCAGAAUCAGUUUGAGGGCAAUACAAUUUGUGCACACUGACAUCUGCAUUGAUGUGAACUAAUGUGAGAUGAGUGUCAUGGCAAUGAUGGGAAAUGUUUCCAUAAAAGUGACAUUUUUUUUUAUUAAUUUUUUUUUUCUAUAAAAAGAGGCUGAAUGCAAAGCUUCCAGAAAACAUGAUCAGAGAAACUGUUUUUUUAGUACCUCUUUCUGGGACUUGUGGUGUAGUAUCCUAUUCCGAAUACCUCAAAAAUCAAAAGAAAUGAGAUUAGUAUCUCUAAAGCCAUAUGCCCACUUUCUAAAUAAUUGAGAGGAGCCAUGUUGUGAUCAAGACGAUUUCACAGAGGUUGAUCCAGGCACAUCAAAUUACAACAGAUGUGAAAUUACACCAUAUCUGCCACUAAAGCUGCAUUGAAACUUAGAAGCGGUGCGCGGAAACAACACAAAGAGAUGCUUGUCUUUUUGCUUGGAGAUUUUUUUUCUUCUUUUUGGUUUUCAUGGGGGUAGAGGUGCUUAUCACAUCUGCAGUGCUGAUAAGACGGCCUCUGUGCUUCCGUAGGCAAUAUAAUAUUAAUCCCUCUCCCACGUCUACAGAUACACUUAAAGGAAGGUGACAAGCAUGACAUAUCCAGGACCUCCUGAUGGCUCGUGCUCUGGAGUGCAGCCGCUAAAAGAGCCCCAAGUACCCUCAAGUGAUGUAAAUUUGCAGGGGGAGUCCAAUUUCCAUCACAGUGCUGUCACUGCCAUGGUCAUUAAACUAAAUCAUCCCGCUGUGUGUCACACAGCUCCCAUUUUAAAGUCCCCUCAAUAAUGGAGUUAUACUUGGACUGCAGAUUGCUGCACAACAGUAAUGUCUGACCUGACGGCAGCUGUAAGACUAUCCUGCACAUUAUUU